AUGCUGGGAGAGAGCCCGGCCGCAGCCCGGCCGCUCCUGCGAGCGGGACCCCCCCUGGCGCUGUGCUACACCUCGGCCCUCCUGGUGCUCGCCCUCUCCGCGCUGCCCGCCGCCCGCGCCUCCCACCCCCUGCCCGGCUCCGAGUGCCAGGGCGGCGGCAAGGGGAAAGGCAUCAACUGCUCAGAGUUAAAUGUAAGGGAAUCCGAUGUAAGAGUGUGUGACGAAUCGUCAUGUAAAUAUGGAGGAGUGUGCAAGGAAGAGGGUGAUGGCUUGAAAUGUGCGUGUCAGUUCCAGUGUCACACAAACUAUAUUCCUGUUUGUGGAUCAAAUGGAGACACUUACCAAAAUGAAUGCUUCCUCAGGAGAGCUUCUUGCAAGCAUCAGAAAGAGAUAACAGUGGUAUCAAGAGGACCUUGUUAUUCUGAUAACGGCUCUGGGUCAGGAGAAGGAGAGUAUGAAGGAUCUGGGACAGAAGUUCAGAGAAAACACUCAAAAUGUGGAGUUUGCAAAUAUAGGGCUGAGUGUGAUGAAGAUGCAGAAAAUGUUGGGUGUGUAUGUAAUAUAGACUGCAGUGGAUACAGUUUUAAUCCCGUAUGUGCUUCUGAUGGAAGUUCCUAUAACAAUCCGUGCUUUGUUAGAGAAGCGUCAUGUCUGAGGCAAGAGCAGAUCGACAUCAGGCAUCUUGGACACUGCUCAGAAACAGAUGACACAAACGCAGUUGGAAAGAAAGACGAUGGCAUGCAGUAUCGGCCAGAGGUGAAAGACGCCAGUGAUCAAAGAGAAGACAUUUACAUCGGAAACCACAUACCUUGCUCAGAAAGCUUCAAUGGCUACUGCAUACAUGGAAAAUGUGAAUUCAUUUAUUCCACUCAGAAGGCUUCCUGCCGGUGUGAAUCAGGAUAUACUGGACAGCACUGUGAAAAGACAGACUUUAGUAUUCUUUAUGUUGUCCCAAGUAGACAAAAGCUUACGCAUGUCCUUAUUGCAGCAAUAAUUGGAGCUGUACAGAUUGCCAUUAUAGUUGCAAUUGUCAUGUGCAUAACAAGAAAAUGCCCCAAAAACAAUAGAGGUCGUCGGCAGAAGCAAAACCUAGGCCAUUUUACUUCAGAUACAUCAUCCAGAAUGGUUUAA